CAUAACUCGGCUCGGCCGAGUGGCCUCCGGACUCCCCGCGCCGCCGGGACCGCCGCUGGGACCGCGAGCCCCCGGCUGCCGCAUUGCAACAGGCAGGGCCCCGGCGCGCCCCCCGGGCCUCCCCCCGCCCCCGCGCGGCCUCGGCCGGUCCGGGCCGCCCCCCCCAGGGCGGCCGCCCGCGACCUGCGCUCCGCUCCCCGCAGCCGCCGACCCGGCUGCAAAAAAAAAAGUUUCCGAGAGGCAGGCGGAGGAGAAGGGGGAGCCGGGCGGCCCGGAGCGGCGGGGGCGGCGGGGGGAGCCGGCCGCGGAGGGCGACGGAGCGCCGGGAGCCCCGGACAUGUCCAGGCGGAAGCAGGCGAAGCCGCGCUCGGUGAAAGUUGAAGAGGGGGAGGCCUCGGACUUCUCGCUGGCCUGGGAUUCCUCCGUGACAGCAUCAGGAGGCCUAGAAGGAGAGCCGGAGUGUGAUCGAAAAACCAGCCGUGCGCUGGAAGACAGGAACAGCGUGACAAGUCAAGAGGAGAGAAAUGAGGACGAUGAAGACAUGGAGGAUGAGUCAAUUUACACCUGCGAUCACUGUCAGCAGGACUUCGAGUCUCUGGCAGACCUGACGGACCAUCGGGCCCACCGCUGUCCUGGAGAUGGUGACGACGACCCACAACUCUCCUGGGUGGCCUCAUCUCCCUCCAGCAAGGAUGUUGCGUCACCCACGCAGAUGAUUGGAGAUGGGUGUGACCUCGGCCUGGGUGAGGAGGAAGGGGGCACGGGGCUGCCGUACCCUUGCCAGUUCUGCGACAAGUCCUUCAUCCGCCUGAGCUACUUGAAGAGGCACGAGCAGAUCCACAGUGACAAGCUGCCGUUCAAGUGCACCUACUGCAGCCGCCUCUUCAAGCACAAGAGGAGCCGUGACCGGCACAUCAAGCUGCACACGGGCGACAAGAAGUACCACUGUCACGAGUGCGAGGCGGCCUUCUCCCGCAGCGACCACCUCAAGAUCCACCUGAAGACCCACAGCUCCAGCAAGCCCUUCAAGUGCACCGUCUGCAAACGGGGCUUCUCCUCCACCAGCUCGCUGCAGAGCCACAUGCAGGCCCACAAGAAGAACAAGGAGCACCUGGCCAAGUCGGAGAAGGAGGCCAAGAAGGACGACUUCAUGUGUGACUAUUGUGAAGACACCUUCAGCCAGACCGAGGAGCUGGAGAAGCAUGUGCUCACCCGCCACCCCCAGCUCUCCGAGAAGGCCGACCUGCAGUGCAUCCACUGCCCCGAGGUCUUUGUCGACGAGAACGUGCUGCUUGCCCACAUCCACCAAGCCCACGCCAACCAGAAACACAAGUGCCCCAUGUGCCCCGAGCAGUUCUCCUCGGUGGAGGGUGUCUACUGCCACCUGGACAGCCACCGGCAGCCCGACUCCAGCAACCACAGCGUCAGCCCCGACCCCGUGCUGGGCAGCGUGGCCUCCAUGAGCAGCGCCACGCCGGACUCCAGCGCCUCCGUGGAGCGCGGCUCCACCCCGGACUCCACCUUGAAGCCGCUGCGGGGCCAGAAGAAGAUGCGGGAUGAUGGGCAGGGCUGGUCCAAGGUGGUCUACAGCUGCCCCUAUUGUUCCAAGCGGGACUUUAACAGCCUAGCUGUGCUGGAGAUCCACCUGAAGACCAUCCACGCGGACAAGCCCCAGCAGAGUCACACGUGUCAGAUCUGCCUGGACUCCAUGCCCACCCUGUACAACCUCAACGAGCAUGUGCGCAAGCUGCACAAGAGCCACGCCUACCCCGUCAUGCAGUUUGGCAACAUCUCCGCCUUCCACUGCAACUACUGCCCCGAGAUGUUCGCCGACAUCAACAGCCUGCAGGAGCACAUUCGCGUCUCCCACUGUGGCCCCAACGCCAACCCGCCCGAUGGCAGUAACGCCUUCUUCUGCAACCAGUGCUCCAUGGGCUUCCUCACCGAGUCCUCCCUCACCGAGCACAUCCAGCAGGCCCACUGCAGUGUUGGCAGCGCCAAGCUGGAGUCCCCGGUGGUGCAGCCCACGCAGUCCUUCAUGGAGGUCUAUUCCUGCCCCUACUGCACCAACUCGCCCAUCUUUGGCUCCAUCCUGAAGCUUACCAAGCACAUCAAGGAGAACCACAAGAACAUUCCGUUGGCCCACAGCAAGAAGUCCAAGGCAGAGCAGAGUCCGGUCUCGUCUGACGUCGAGGUGUCUUCCCCAAAGAGGCAGCGGCUCUCGGCCAGUGCCAACUCCAUCUCCAACGGCGAGUACCCCUGUAAUCAGUGUGACCUCAAGUUCUCCAACUUUGAGAGCUUCCAGACCCACCUGAAGCUGCACCUGGAGCUGCUGCUGCGGAAGCAGGCGUGCCCACAGUGCAAAGAGGACUUUGACUCCCAGGAGUCCCUCCUGCAGCAUCUGACAGUGCAUUAUAUGACCACGUCCACCCACUAUGUAUGUGAGAGCUGCGACAAGCAGUUUUCCUCGGUGGACGACCUGCAGAAGCACCUGCUGGACAUGCAUACCUUCGUGCUGUACCAUUGCACCCUGUGCCAGGAGGUCUUCGACUCCAAGGUGUCCAUCCAGGUGCACCUGGCGGUGAAGCACAGCAAUGAGAAGAAGAUGUACCGCUGCACAGCCUGCAACUGGGACUUCCGCAAGGAGGCCGACCUGCAGGUGCACGUCAAACACAGCCACCUGGGCAACCCGGCCAAGGCCCACAAGUGCAUCUUCUGUGGGGAGACCUUCAGCACCGAGGUGGAGCUGCAGUGCCACAUCACCACCCACAGCAAGAAGUACAACUGCAAGUUCUGCAGCAAGGCCUUCCAUGCCAUCAUCCUGCUGGAGAAGCACCUGCGGGAGAAGCACUGCGUGUUUGAUGCUGCCACAGAGAACGGCACGGCCAAUGGGGUGCCCCCUGCUGCCACCAAGAAGGCCGAGCCCGCUGACUUGCAGGGCAUGCUGCUCAAGAACCCCGAGGCGCCCAACAGCCACGAGGCCAGCGAGGAUGACGUGGACGCUUCGGAGCCCAUGUACGGCUGUGACAUCUGCGGGGCGGCCUACACCAUGGAGGUGCUUCUGCAGAACCACCGGCUGCGGGACCACAACAUCCGGCCGGGCGAGGACGACGGCUCGCGCAAGAAGGCCGAGUUCAUCAAGGGCAGCCACAAAUGCAACGUGUGCUCGCGGACUUUCUUCUCGGAGAAUGGGCUCCGGGAGCACCUCCAGACACACCGUGGCCCUGCCAAGCACUACAUGUGCCCCAUCUGCGGUGAGCGCUUCCCCUCGCUGCUGACGCUCACUGAGCACAAGGUGACCCACAGCAAGAGCCUGGACACGGGCACCUGUCGCAUCUGCAAGAUGCCCCUGCAGAGCGAGGAGGAGUUCAUCGAGCACUGCCAGAUGCACCCGGACCUGCGCAAUUCGCUCACGGGCUUCCGCUGCGUGGUCUGCAUGCAGACGGUCACCUCCACGCUGGAGCUCAAGAUCCACGGCACCUUCCACAUGCAGAAGCUGGCGGGCAGCUCGGCUGCAUCCUCCCCCAACGGCCAGGGGCUGCAGAAGCUAUACAAAUGUGCCCUGUGUCUCAAAGAGUUCCGCAGCAAGCAGGACCUGGUGAAGCUGGACGUCAAUGGGCUGCCCUACGGCCUCUGUGCCGGCUGUAUGGCCCGCAGUGCCAACGGACAGGUGGGUGGCCUGGCCCCACCCGAGCCUGCCGACCGGCCCUGCACUGGCCUCCGCUGCCCCGAGUGCAGUGUCAAGUUUGAGAGUGCCGAGGACCUGGAGAGCCACAUGCAGACGGACCACCGGGACCUCACGCCAGAGACCAGUGGGCCCCGGAAAGGCGCCCAGACAUCGCCAGUGCCCCGGAAAAAGACAUACCAGUGCAUCAAGUGCCAGAUGACCUUCGAGAAUGAGAGAGAGAUCCAAAUCCAUGUUGCCAACCACAUGAUCGAGGAAGGCAUCAACCACGAGUGUAAGCUGUGCAACCAGAUGUUCGACUCCCCGGCCAAGCUCCUCUGUCACCUCAUUGAGCACAGCUUUGAGGGCAUGGGGGGCACCUUCAAAUGCCCCGUGUGCUUCACAGUCUUUGUCCAGGCCAACAAGUUGCAGCAGCACAUCUUUGCUGUGCACGGGCAGGAGGACAAGAUCUACGACUGCUCGCAGUGCCCACAGAAGUUCUUCUUCCAGACCGAGCUGCAGAACCACACGAUGAGCCAGCACGCACAGUGAGGGACCGCUCGACAGGACACCUCUCCGCAGAAGGCUUGCCGGAGACGCCGUGGGGAGGGCCAUUUGAACAUUACAUCCAAUCAAAGUGUCAUUUGCAACCCAGAUGUAAAACUCUAAUGAUUUGGCCAUGAGGCGCUGCUAUUAUAAGCAGCUGGAAAUGAAUAUUAAUGGCAGAGAUUAAAAGUAUUCCAUGCUCAGUAUUUUUUAUUGUCCUGCUACAACUAGUGUGCUUUUAGAGUUUCAGCCGCAGACUACAUUUCUAGAGUUAGAGAAACCCGCUUUUGGAGGCUAUUGUCCUUUGUUCCUUCAUGUAUUAUAUUGAUAGUUUUUAAAAAUGGAUUAGUGUGAUUUUUUUUUUUCUUUGCUUCUUUUUUUUCCUUUCUUGUUUUUCUUUCCCCCCCCUUCGGUUAACUACUUUUUAAUUGCAAUUCUAGGUAAUUGUGCAUCGUGAUGUGAUUGCUUGGCUAUUGUCUGAAUAUUUCCUUUUAAUUUUUUAAUUAAAGACUAAUGCUUUGAUUGGAUUUGCCAGUUCACCGGACAGUGAUUAAAACUAUGUAAUGAAUAUAAUCGGUUUCAGUGCAACUGGAUGGUCUGCUUUUAAAUGUGACUUAAUCUGACUGCAGUAACUAGUACAGUUCAAUAAAGGGAAUCACGCGAUUAGCAUCGGCUGCCUGGUUCUCUCCUCCCUGGCCCCGGGCUGCGAUGGGGGCGGGGGGGGGGCUGUGCUCACCCAUGGGGGUAUCCCGGUGUAAGUUCCCAUGGGAACGCACGUGCCCGUGGGCACCUGCACACAACAGACCCACAACUUUCCCGGGGCAAAGAGGAAGCAUUGUCACCUUCCACGCGCGCACCAGUCCAGCUGAGCUGCCGGGGGUCACAGGAGUCACAGUGGAGAGAACGCUUAAACUUGAAAUAUUGGGGUCUUCUCACUUAUCAAUGGGGAGACCGAGACCCAAGCAUUAGUGGGCUA